GCAUUAAUAUUAUAUUUAUUUGUAGACUUAGUUUUGCUAUAUAAACUGCAGUUGUCUCUAUUGCGCGACAGUUUUCCACGAAUUUUCUAAGUUUAAGGUAUAGACUCUGUCAUGUCACGGCUGGUUAUACUCUUUCUGACGCUGUCUUUGUUGUGUGGCAGCUCUGAAGCGGAUCUGAGCGAAUUCUGGGCUGAGGCCGAACAAUCUUUGCAUACUUUUCGAUCAUUUGCGGCGAUACCCAUAAAAUUAUUUAAUUCAUUUCUGGGUACUUCCUCCGAUAAGAAAGAUCCUACAAAUAUAUCGGGUAAACGGGUCACCGCUGAGGUGGGAGAUGGCAGCGAUCUGAUUACGAUUAUAAAGAGUCCCCAAUCGCCUCUGGGCGUUUCACAUGUCCGAAGACCAUAUCCGCCAUAUGCUGGCGAGGAUUCGCUAGUCUUUUUCCAAAAUCAAAGGCCACAAGCACGCGUAGGCUUCGCCCCAGACAACAGAGACAAACUGCCUUCUGGAGUGAAGCAAGCACAAAUACCAGGCGGUAUGUCUCCGGAGAGAAAUAACAACGGCCUACAAGUCGGAGUACCUGAUGGACUACAAGGCAAUCCGAAUGGCGGCUUAAAUGGUGCAAACAAUGAACAACGAACUGGUGGUUCAGUUGGCGAAUUGGCUAACGCAUUGGAUGGCGGUUUGGCUAACGGAUUCACUGGCGGAUUGGCUAACGGGUUGCCUGCACCUCAGGUUGGGUGGCCAAUGGGUUAGCGUCAAUAUUGACAGACUGAUAAAUGGACUGCGGAGGAACUUAGCUAAUCUGAUUAAAAAUGUGAAAAACUGAACAAUGUUCGAAUUAUAUUCAUUAAAAAAGAUGAAUUAUAAUAUGAUUUCAAAACAAUAAACUUUUAAGACAACAA